AUGGCCGAUCCGGUGGCUAGCGUGGAGAGGAUCAUCAUGGUCGGGCUGAGGAUCAAGGAGGCGGCGGUGGACACGGUCCGCCGCAACGCGGCGGUGUGCCAGGAGAUCCGGAGGCGCGUGCUCAGGUUCAGCGCCGUGCUCUCGCAGCUGCAGCGGGCUGGCGCGGUGGACGACAGCCCGGCCAUGGGCGGCGCGCUGGAGCUCGUCGCGGCGUGCCAGGAGCGGACCGGCGUCGUCCGCCGGCUCCUGACGGCGGGGGACCUGUCGAGGCAGCUGCGCGCGGUGAAGGAGGACAUCCUCAACAAGGUCAUGCUCGCGUCCUUCGCCAUCAACGCUCACACCACCGUCUUGCUGCUAACUAUGCAGACCGGUGGUUACCUUCUGCCUCGGCUGCAACAGGAUACAGCUGGAAUUGUGGAGAUAUCGCAUAACAGUCAUUCAGCUAAUGAUGCUAGAUCUGAACUGUACGAUGAGCAAAGCAUUGAACCUGGAGGAAGCGAGCAGACUAUUUCCAUUGUAGCAACCUUAAGAAAAUUUGGGUCUACUGAAGUAUGGACAGCCACAAAUGGAUACUCAGACAGCAACAUCAUUGGUCGAGGUGGCUCUAGCACAGUCUACAAGAUGCCUAUAUAUUAUGCAGGACCCCAGCUACUUGACCGUUGGCGUUCCCUAAUGUGGAUAAUAGAGGGGAUAGCUCAGGGUGUACAUUACCUACAUAAGCAACACAUUGUCCAUUUGGAUCUGAAACCAGACAACAUCCUCUUGGAUUCAGAGAUGAAUCCUGUGAUUACUGAUUUUGAACUAUCUAAAGUGUUGAGUGAUACCAAUAUUCUGCGAAAAAUGUACCAAACCCUUACAAGGUCUGUAGUGCAUUCCAGUCACAACCGCCAAGAUGAUACCGAGAUCACGAGCGACCACAACAAGAUAUCAGGCACAUUUCCAUAUAUAGCUCCAGAGCACACAGCAGAUGGUAUUAUUUCAAAGAAGAGCGAUGUGUAUGCUUUUGGCGUCACCCUCCUGGAGGCUAUCAGUGGUAUCCGCAGACGUAGUGAAUUUCCUUUGCAUCGAUGGGGUUGGACGGCUUGGGAAGCUGGACGAAUAGACGAGGAGUUUGAUCCGGUAGUGUUUAAGGAGCGCCAGCUAAUGGAGAUUAGAAGGCACGUCCAGGUGGGACUUCUGUGUGUUCAGCAGGACCGGACAGACCGGCCCACCAUGGCGGAUGUUCUUCAGAUGCUCAGUGGCAAGAAAGAGCUGCCGACCCCAAAGAAGCCAAUGUACACUGAAUCCUACGACAAAUGGAGACCUGCUUCCUGCCCUUCUACCAAAAUUGUGGACACCCACUUGGAUGAAGAACAGAGUCCUCUCAUGCCAAGACACCGACGAUGGGUUCUACCUAACAGUUCUUCUGCCAGGUCAUCGGUUCCUGCUCCCAGUCCCAGCCCUUCUGCCAAACCAGCGGACACCGACAUGCAUGAAGAACGGAGUCCUAUCAUUCCAGGAUACCGACACUACAGAGAAUGGGUUCUUCCUGACAGUCCUUCUGCCUGGUCAGAAGGAUCGUUGAGCCCCCGGUGA